ACUUCAAAAGCAGAAGUGUGGAAGAAAAAGCCAUUUCGUAUUGUAAUAAUGCGUGACCUUUUGAGUACCACCCGUAUAUUAGCAACUGUAGUACAAACAUAUUAGAACAACUUUAUAAAUGGAUAUUUUUAACUGUUUUACAGAUGAAAAGGUGCCAUAUAGACCUGGAAUUCGAAUCUGAAACUUUCUGGAUGCUCUGGGAGUUCGGCAGUGGCACCUAUACAAAAAUGCUGGGAGACUGUGAAGAAAGGGACUAGAAAUGACCGAAAACAGCAAUCCUAAGGCCAAUAGAUGAUGUCUUCAUGGAGAAUAGGGUGAGAAAUUUCACCGUCCUUCCAAUCUUCCUGAGGCAAACUGAGAUCAACUGAGUUAACCUUCAAAGACUAAGUCUAAACUGAGUCUAAAAUGUUCUUCAGGGAAGGACGGCACUUGACUCUCACUUUGGCGAUAAUCUGGUUCCUGACACUAAGUCUGUCUGCCAGUCAGAACUGCCUCAAGGAGAGCCUCGAAGACGUCGUCAUUGAUAUCCAGUCAUCUCUCUCUAGGGGAAUCAGAGGCAAUGAGCCCAUCCAUACAGCAGCUGAAGAAGACUGCAUUAAUUCUUGCUGUUCAACACAAAACAUAGCAGGGGACAGAGCGUGUAACUUGAUGAUCUUUGACACUCGCAAGACAGCGGGACAAGCCAACUGCUACCUGUUUUUCUGUCCCAGUGUAGAAGCCUGUCCACUGAAACCGGCCCAGGGCCUUAGGAGUUACAGGAUAAUCCAAGAUGUUCCGUCUUUGAGUGAUUUGCUACAGCAAGAGUUGGUGCAAGAAGGUUCUCUCUCUCCCAGCCAGUCUCUAGGAGCCGUCACGUCCCUGCUGCCUGCUUCGAGGGGUCUUUCAAAGCCCACUGAUCUCUUAGGGGGAGAUGUAUCUUCUCAGAGGUCUGGAUCUUCAGAUCACCUGCAGAAACUCUCCCAGAUCAGCCAAGCAAGUACCCAGGUCCCCGUUAAUAAAGACAAAGGCCACUCUCAGAGUUUACAGUCUUCCUCAGACCCAGAAGUAGCUCAUUUGUUGCCUGAAAAUUCAACCACCUUCUCCCCUGCAGGGGCCAUUAGUUUUCAGCCUAACAGCUCUGCAACUCUGAAGCCUGUAUUUCUUGCACACACCAGUACCUCAGAGAUACCCCCGGUGACUUUUCAACCCCAGGUGGCUACCACAGUUCCACUCAUAACCACUGUCCCCUCUCAGCCUCCUCCAGCCCCUCUUUCCACAGUUUUUACACGAGCUGUGGCUACUCCCCACGCUGCGACUACAACAGCCGUUCUGACUACCAUCUUUCAGGCAUCUAGGGACUCGAAAGGCACCCCAGAAACGAUGCCCUUUAGAGAAAUCUCCAAGCUUGCUUCAAGCGCAGGGCAUGUGCAUAACCCUACUACACUCCCUUUGUCAAAUGUGGAGUCUUCCGCUACAAAUAAAACUGUUUCCCCAGAAAAUUUAAAGGCCGCGGUGGACAGCUCAGCACCGAGAAGUGUUCUAGAAAACCAGUAUGGCCUUCCAUUUGAAAAGUGGCUCCUUCUGGGGACCCUGCUCUUUGGUGUUCUGUUCCUGGUAAUAGGCCUGGCACUCUUGGGUAGGAUAUUCUCAGAAUCCCUCCGCCGGAAACGGUACUCACGACUUGAUUACUUGAUCAAUGGGAUCUAUGUUGACAUCUGAGGACAAAAUUCAUUAUCUCUUAAUUCACUGAGUACCUAGGAGCAACGCACACUGCAUUUCUGCAAACUUGCUGAUCUCAGCAAAUUAGAUUUCAAAGACUGGAAAAUGUUCCCUAGCACUUUCUUCUUAUUUUUUGAGGACAAGGGAGAAGACCCAAAUUAGGUAAUUUGCAUGAUCUUGCUAAAAUAUUCACUGAAAAUUAGGCUCUAUCUAUAGUAAGAAAGUGUAAGUGCCAUAUACAUUGGAAAAUUCAGGGUUCUGGGGAUUUAGCUCAGCUGCACAGCGCCUGCCUGGCAAGCGGGAGGUCGUGAGUUCGAUUCCCGGUACCGGAAAAAAAAACAAACAAAAAAAAGCAGCUGGCUUUAUGCAAGGGAAAAAAAAGUCAGAAUAUCAAGUUUCCAUUUGAUUAAUAUUUCUGGUUCCAGAUAAAGUCAACUGUUUAUGAUAUUGGUUUUAAUGGAUUUGCUUUUUAUAUGAAUUCCAAUAAAACUUAUUCCAGAUGUAUUUCCUUCCAAUUAAAUAUUUGAAUAAAUCUUCUGUUACUCAGUAAUGUUCCUGUAAGUGAUAUGUCCAUGCUGGAUAACUUUCAAUUUAUUCCCACCAGCGAAAUGAUGAAAUGAAGAAAAUAUGCGUUCCAAGUUAAAAUGACAAACCCCCCUUUCCUGUCAAUGAACAAAGAGAUUCAUUUGGGAGGAUAUUAGCCUACUUGGAGACAGUGAUAAAUCGGUUCUAAUAAAUAGCCAAAUCCA